GUCCCAGAAGGCGCCGGGCCAUUCACAAAGCGCAGCGCUUCUCGCACAUGCGCAGUCCGCAGUCUCUUGGUCAUCUCCUGUACUGUGUCCGCAGUCUCUGGUCAUCUCCUGUACUAUGUCCGCAGUCUCUGGUCAUCUCCUGUACUGUGUCUGCAGUCUCUGGUCAUCUCCUGUACUGUGUCCACAGUCUCUGGUCAUCUCCUGUACUGUGUCCGCAGUCUCUGGUCAUUCCCUGUACUAUGUCCACAGUCUCUGGUCAUCUCCUGUACUAUGUCCGCAGUCUCUGGUCAUCUCCUAUA